AUGUAUGAUAAGCCAAUUAGUGUUGAACAAAAUGCAAAAUAUAUAGAGGUUGAAGGUAUACCUGUAUCAGGCCGUACUUGGAAAGAUAAAGCGUUGCCUAUUCGAACCAAAAUGAUGAUUAAAAAUAGCAAAAAGAAGUGGCUCGAGCAACAGCAGAUGCAGCGCCAUAUGAAACUAGUUAGUCUGGAAGCUAAACAGCUGAUUGAAAAUCGCAAGGAAGAGAUUAGGUUAAAGCGGCAGAGGAGAUUAGAGAAACAAUCUAAGAAAGUGGAAAAUGAAAUUAGGGCAGCGGGCCCUAACGCCAUAGUACUCUCCAACAAAAAAGUAUCUAAGAUGUCUAAAAAGGCUAAGAAACAGCUAAUGAGUAUGACUCCUGAGUUGAUUAGCAAACUUCGGAAUAGAAUGCCUUAA